AGCAGAGAAGGGCCCGGGCUGGUGUCGACAGCACGGGAAUCUGCGGCUCGCUCGUGACCGGCGCCUGGCUCUCGCUCGCUCCCUCGGGACACCUCGAUCGCUGCGUCGCUCUGGUCCUUGGUAGCCUUGCGUUGAUGAGUGGGCGGAAGACACAGACAGAUUUAGUGAGCACUGUUCGGAGUGAGAAUGGACGGGGUUGUAGCCGGAGAAACUAAGGACGUUGGUGGUGCUUCGGAAAGGUAAUCAGAACUGAGGCCAAGAAGCGUUCAACUCCCAGUGCACAAGGGAACCUCUGAGACGAACAUCGCCCCGGAGAUGCGAAUGAACGUGGAGUGUGUACUUGUCGUGCGUGGGAACAAAUUCUUACCAGGAUACAUCACCAGACGAGCCCACAAGGUGACAUAACUACCCAAAAUAACUAGAGGGAGAGAGAGAGGGAGAGAGAGAGAGAGAGAGAGAGAGAGAGAGAGAGAGAGAGAGAGAGAGAGAGAGAGAGAGAGAGAGAGAGAGAGAGAGAGAGAGAGAGAGAGAGGAAAGAAGAGAAAGAGAGAUAAAAAGAGGGAGAGACUUGUGGGACCGCGAGUCCAAGUUCAAGGCUCCAGGAACGUCAAGGCACCAGAAGAAGAAGCUCGACAGACUACUACCCGACUACCUGCAGGCGAGUGAACUGACCUUCGAGUGAGCUGACCUUUGGGUUAAGUGAUCUUCAAGAGAGACGACCUUUCUCCAACUUCAGAAUGCGGGUCUGCCGGGCGUUGGUGAUGGCGGCGGCGCUGGCGGCGGCGAGGGUGACAGAGUCGAGAGCCAGCCAGGACACUUUCCCCUCGUCCUUCUUCUACAACCCGCCUCAUAACGGCGGUCCGCCCGAGGACAUCAAGCUGCUCCUCAAAUCGCAAGGGCCUGGCGUGCAGAGGCUGGGGAGCGCGAGUCCCGUGUACACGCUGGUCAUGGAGAGGCGGCAGCCCUCGCAGCCGCGCGGCGUGCGCAAAGGGACGCUUGUGACGGCAGGUUCUGAGUCUGAUUCGUCGGUAAACAAUGCCUCGGAAAGCGAACCGUCGGUCAGCUCUUUGGAACCAGAUGCGUCGACCUUUCAAGACAGAGGUGGUUAUUUAUCCUCGACUCCAUCCAAGGACAGCGUUUCACCUGCCGUGAAUUCUGGCAACAAAGACUCGCCAACAAUGGCGUCAGGGGAUUUCGAUUUGUCAACCCUUCUCAUCACGGACAGCGGAUCGCCAUCAGUUCCUUCCACAGGCACCGUUGUCAGCGACAGCAAUCCAUCUGCACUACCUGAAUCGGCGCCUGAACCGAGUGGGAUACUGAACAUCAUUGGCACAGAAGCUGAUGCAUUCCCCUUCGCCAUCCAGAAUGCUGCUGCGGAAUCUUACGAUGACAUAGCAGAGGAAGCCACUGCGGUGUCCGUGGAGGAUGUUCAGGGCGCUCGCACGUACGCAGCCAUCGUAGACAAUGACGAUCUAGGUGAGGACACCUUGAAGGGUCCUGCUGGCGGAUACGAUUUUACAGAGAACCUCUUGACUUCUUCAACAGAAUCCGACCCUCCUAAACUCAUCCAAACAACCCCGAGUACUUUCCCCGCCGACGAGGACCUUGGUACUUCUAAUGACGGUGAAAGCUUAACGACAACAUCCUUUGACGAGGAUGAUGCCGAGACGCCCGCCACUGUCAAUGCGUCUAUCGUCGACAAUGGCCGCGCUACUUCUUCACGCCCACGAGACGAAGAACCCACCGAGUCCUGGUCAGGCGACCCCUUUCCAACGAGGAGCGGAGAAGGCGGCGAUCCCACUCUGUCUUCCGGCGUUCGCUCUCCAGCGAACCAGCAAGAAGACAGCGAUCUGUCAGCGUCUCAGAUUUCCGCAGAUUACGUCCCACUCGGCAAUUACGAGAACUCGAGGGGAGAGUUUGCCUACUUUGGACAAAGAAAUGAUUUUUAUCACGACGAUGACUUCACGUUACAGGUCCUUGGUGACGAUCAGUAUGACGACACGAAUGUCGGCGGCCGCGAGGACCCCUGGGAAGAAAAUGCCAGAGACUCGAGCAAGGAAACACGAGAAAAAGACCUUUAUUUUGUGCUUGAACGCGAACCGGAAGACGCCGGACUCGUUACGGUGAAACUCGGAAAGAGUCAGGAAGCGGGAAGAGCCAGAGCGAACGAGGACGGACCUUCGGACGAGCGAUAUUAUGCGGAGAACUUGUACCAGUAUCACUUACAGGAUCAUAAGACAGGCUCCUACAGGUUCGGCUUCGGCGGCGACAACCAGUGGCGGCACGAGGAGAGGCGCGCGGACGGCGUGGUCGUGGGGCGCUACGGCUGGCAGGACGCGACGGGACGCCACCACACCACCCACUACGUCGCCGACGCCCGCGGGUUCCGCGUGGUGCGCCCCGGCCAGCAGAUCAAGGUGCACGUUCCUUCCUCGACGACGACGACGACGGAGUCCCCGGCCCUCACAGCCCUGUCGCUGCUGACGGAGGGCUCUCUUAGGUCCCCCAUCGCCUCCUUCGCCAGCGUUGCGCCAGCGAACUCUUUGUCCUACGAGGCGCUUCCCCCGCCGCCCUCGGCCAGGCCUCCGCCCACGGUCACCACGCCCAAGGGUCCUGCGACGCAAACGUAUCCUUCCUCUUCCUCCAAGCCUUCCUCUUUGCCACCGCUCUCACGGACGCCGCGUCCUUCGAUUUUGCCUCCGAGGGACUCCCGACCGUCUGCCGAGGAGCAGCCCACCUCGCCCUCUGCAUUCCUUAUCCCGAACAAUCCCUGGGCCUUGUUCGUCACGACGCAAACAGCCCGACCACUUGUCGCGUCCCGACCGCCUCCUCAGCCGACCAUCCUGUUCUCGGAAGCCUCGACGUUGUCCACAGAACUUCCUGAAGACCCAACGACUUUAGCCCAGUCUUUGCCACCAUCAUCCGUCCCGCCGACGAUCUCCUCGGCUCUCCCAGCGACGACCUUUUCGGUUUUCCCAGCGACGACCUCAUCGGUUUCCCCAACGACGACCUCCUCAGCUUUCCCAACGACGACCUUCUCGGCUUUCCCAACGACGACCCCCUCGGCUUUCCCAACGACGACCCCGUCGAACACCUACCCGCCAACUCCUCGUCCAGUGAUUUACCGUCCUUUACCAACACGUCUUUCGCCAUCACAGCCUCCUUCAGAAUCCUCAGAGAAUGCUAUCGAGGGCACGAACGGGACCCAACAGGCCGCCGUGGUGACAGGUCGUCCCCCCAUUGCGCAUCCUCUCCCGCACCAGUCCGUGGGCCCCCCUUACCCCGGGUCCUGGGUGUAUGUCCAGCCCCCUGGCUCUCAGAGGCCCCCUUUCCGACCUCAUUACGGGAAGAGACCCAUCACCAGGCCCUUCAGACCCGUCAACAGACGGCCUUAUCCGCACCAUAAGGUCAAGCCUCUCCGACCUCUGCAGCCCAACAUAGGGGCGUCGUCCCACUAUAAACCUAAUCGCUUUGUGGAACCUCCAGUCAGCCGUGACCCCGAGACCACCGAGACAAAUUCAACAAAGGUCGACAGCGAAGAGACUGAAGUUGAGUUUAACGAAUUAGAUAAUCUUCCGUCAGCCUCAUCUCCUGGUACAUCUGAAGGUCGUUACCCGCAACUUAUGCCAGGUUACUAUCGCAAGGGGAACCGGCCCUUCCAGCUGGGGAAACUGGGGGAUAACGCGACCGAAGGCGCCCAGCAGUCCGGAGGCGAGGAGAGCCUGGUGGACCUAAUCAACCUCAUAAAGUUCCUCGUGCCCCCGACGCAGCUUCAGCCCCCGAGAUUCGUCCCAGGGGAGAGGCGGCCGCCGCGCCCGCCUGUGCCCUGGGGCAGCAGCCUGCUAGAGGCGCCUAAGCCUCCCGGCACCUCUCAGGCAGUGACGGUCAGCGUUCAAGACCAGACACCGAAGACCACUGGGCAGUUUCCCUUAGACUAUGCCUUUAUGGACGAGGACUAUACCUCGCAGGGGCCGGAAGACGCAGGAUCUGCAGGUCCAGUGAGAAACUCUACAAGUCAAAAGCCUCAAGCAAUAGACCGUAAAGGUGAAAGGAACUCGACAUCCCAGGAGAAUAUCAUAUCGAACGAGAUCGGGUUUUCUAGAAGACCGUCCGCCGGAGAGCACGGCAGCACGAUGAAGCUGAAGCUGUCUGUGUUGGAUCCUCACGGCGCCGAGGAGGAACCGCUCGGCGGGCCCCAUUCCGACCUCGGGGCGCUGGACGGCGGAGGGGCUUUGCAGGACACGACCCUGCGAGUGUGGGUCCUGUCCUCGCCGACGCCAGAGUCCUCGGCUAGUGCGGCAGACCCUUCCUCUGCCACCGAGUCCGCUUCCUCUGGGGAAGCCUCGACCGACGCCGUGUGGCCGUACGUGUCCCCGGAGCCGUCCAACGCGACGGACGCCGAAGGGUCCUCGCGCCCGCCCCCGCCGCCGCCGCCGCAACAGGGCUUCUGGCCGAGCCUUCUCAAAGAACUGUACUACUGGCCGAAUUCCCAGAACCGCAGGACAUGGCCAGUCCUUCACUGAUUACUUGUACAACGUUGGGAGUAAUUUGUGUGAUAGAUAUUAGAAUCAUGACGUAGAUUUAUGAUGAUGAUUUCAGUGUCGAUCUGUGAUAAACGAUGGUACCACCGCACUUUUUGUAUAGGGGCAGUAUUGACCGCUAGGCUUUGUUGCCUCUGGGCAUGAGACUAUAGAGACUCACAUUCUGGCCUCAAAAAAGAAAAAAAGAAAAAAACAAAAACUCUGUGUAUCAUCCUACGGGCAUUUCCUUACAACUUAUCAGUUUAAGAUGUAACAUAAAUUCCUUUCUGUAAAAAGCAAAACUGGUGCAGCAAUCUCUAUCAAAUUCAAGGUGACAGGUAGAGUUAGACCAAGGAAUUACACGUCAAUAAAAACUAGAAAAAAAUCAGAUGCCCAGAGUGCAAUGAAUGUUUUGCAAGGAGAGGCAUAUAGUUGAUAUCCAUUUAGAGAAGCUUCUAGACUUGUAACUUUUUUAUUCUAUGUAUUUUAUGCUUUUGUUCUGCUGCGAUUCAGUGUUUUCAAUUAUGUAUUUUAUUGCCAAGAAGUAUAAAGACCAAACAGUUCUUUUCUAAACAAAACAAAAGGACUGUGACUUUACCUGAAGGUUAGAAUACUAGAUUAGGUACAAUUAUGUUUUGUUGAUUUUUAUCUGUAAAUGAAAAUAAAUUUUUAAAAACUCA